GCAUACCUGUUCGCGACAGGGACACUUCUAUUGUGACGGUUUUCUGUGAGCGUCGAACUACCUGGUCGUGGCUUGGUGUACACAGGUGUUUACCUUAGGUGACAGCUAGAAAGGUGCAUCUACCUCGAAUUUUUCCUUUUUUCACGCUCUAUACGUUCCUCGUUCGAGCGUCUGUGAUUAACCUGUUCACUCGACUGUGACCGAUUACACCAAGUGGAAGAACUUAGUCUUCGUAUAUCGACGAGCAUAAUUUCGUUGCAUUUCUGUGGAAUUACCUAUCGUUCGGUUCAAGUAACGGCAGGUUCUACCAGUGUGGCUGUGCACGAUCGAAAAAGUUCGGACGCUCGUCGGUCCUCCAAGUCGUGUCGAGCUUAGGCUACAACCUGGCCGAUAACGAAGGAUGGUAAGCUUCCGUUCGCCUGGCGUAAAUGUCUCGACCGCUAACAGCGUGGCUACAACGCGUGUCGUCGUGUCCGACAGUGACGUAGCUCGUGAUGGUGACGCCAUCUUACCGAGUGCCCGCCAAUCAUAUCGUGCGGAGGACGAGGGUGGAACUCGCGUAAACGGAGCUCCUGGCGCUAUCGAAUGGAGCGAAAGCGGUCCGCCCUCGCUUUCUAUGUCAGUCGAUCUGCAUAAUCUGGUCAAUCCGAAUCUCCAAGACUCCGGGCAUUAUUCAGCAAGUCCCGAACACGUCGAUGCUACCGCUUCGUCCUGCGACGUUAAGGCCGUCAGAAGUCACGACGAAGAGGAGAGCUACGAAGCCUUUGGAUCUGUCGAGGGUGACGCCGAUGACGGAGUGGAUUCACCGGGUGGUAGCAGUUCUGCGCCUUCACCCACCGGCACCAAUUCUCUUAGGAAUCCUAGAAGUCCGAAUUCAACGAUAGGCAGGCACUCUUGGUUACGGACGUCACUUAGAAGAACACCACCGUGUUCCGGUAGGAAGAGACUUAGUUCCAAUGCAUUAGCAAGCCAACUGUAUCGAAGUGGCAGCUUUAAUAGUUCUGGCAGGGGCUCGAACUGUGAUCCCGCGGACGAUAUGUACAGCGAUGUCUCCCUCGAGGAUGAUGUCAUCGAUCUCAACCAUAGAGUUCAAAUGAUCCAGGAACAAAUGCAUGCUUUAGUAGAUACUCAAUCGGUCGGGGAGGAGCGAUAUGCAAGAGCAAAACAGGAAAAUGCUACGUUGCAGGCAAGAAUAUUAAUGCUAGAAGAAGCUGCCAAAGAUGCCGAAACUAGAGCCGAAGAAAGGCUUCAAGCGGAGCAACGAAGACAUAGAGAAUGGGCAAGUCGUUUAGAACGAGAACGACAAUUGCAAUUAGAGAAUUAUGCCAUAAAGUUACAAGCAAUAGAGUUAGAAGGAACCAGUCUGAGAGAGGAAAUAGUAAGGUUACGCGAGCAACUUGAAAAAGUAAAAACAGAAAAAAGUAGAUUGGAAAAUGAUCUUGAAGAAGUUAGAAGGGAAGUAGAGAUUGCGCAUGAAAAUGAACGCCAAGCAACAAGCCGGGCUAACGAAGUUCAUCAUCUGCUGGAAACUGCUAGAGAAGAACUAUCGACGAGAGUGGAGGAUCAACAAAGAAUAGAUGAAUUAAUGCAACAGGUGGCACAACUGCAGGCUCGUAAUAAAAGUCUAGAAGAAUCACGGGACGAAUUGCAAGCUGCAGCGGCUCUGCAGGCAGGCCGUGAACUUUUAAUGUUAAAUCCUUGUAACAGUACCGCCGAAAAAGGACCUAGUCUCGCUGUAGAAUUACUAGCUGGCAUAAACCAAGAUCAAAUGGAUGGCCAGAUUUCUGGAGAUUAUGGUGAUCUUUGUAGUAUAUCUGAAAUGAGGCAAGCUUUAAAGGAGCAGCAAGAGGUCAAUACGCAAUUAAGGGCGUACAUUGAUGGAAUCUUAUUAAAUAUAGUUGAAAACUAUCCUCAAUUGUUAGAAGUGAAACAAACACACUGAACUAUUGCAUAAAUAGUCACUCUGUUUAAUGUUAAUUGUUUAAGGCAGUUGUACAUUACAAUUCUUUGUUGGAACUUUUAUUUAUAGGUUUAUACGAGCAAUGUUGUCAUAAACUAUUAUACAAAUACUAUAUGGGAAAGAAUUUCCGUCCACGUGACCUUAAAAUUUUAGUAACAUGUUGCAAUUAAUUAAUUUGAUGUUUUCACUGCCACUGUUAUUACUUCAGCUAUACAUUUUUUUAUACAAAGCCAGUGAGUGAAUUAAAACAUUAAAAUAGGGAUUAGGUAAAUAUGCAUGAAAUGUAAUUAAAAAGUCAUUUUAAGCUUCAUAUUGUCCGAGUUUUGGAAUUCAGGGCCUUACAAUGUUGCCUUUGUAGAAAUGGUAUAAAACUAUUUUCGAACGUUCAAUGAAAUUUAAUAUCUAUGUACUAUGAUACGUACGUACUAUAUUACGCAUUAAAUCAUGCUUUUUCUUUGCGAGAAGGUAAAUGAAAAGUAUUUAAAGGUUCUUAGCAAAAGAAAAGGUGUAUAGCUGCAUUCAGUAUCGUGAAACUUGUGAUGCAACAGAAAGUACCUACAAAAUUUAAUACUUCCACCCCAUAGUUUACAGUACAUUUAGACAUUUAUACUGAAUGACAUAGAAAAAGUAAUUGAAUAAUUAUAUUUUACUACCUCUAGUUUCAUCCCAUGCAUAAAUCCUACAUUGAUUUUAGUCAUUUUUUAUAUAUGCCCAAAAUUGUUGAAUG